AAAGUUUAUAUUACGCAAUAAAUAUUUAAUAAUAUAAUUCCCCACAGUUACUAUGUAUUUCAAGAACAUACCGUUAAUCCAAACCGGUCAGUAUUAAAAAGAGGCUGUGCCUUUGACAGUAUCAUUUUCAUUCUAAAUUAGUAUCAGUACCGGUAGAUAAAAUGGCUGGUAGACGUGGUUAUGCGUUGUUAACCUUUCUAAGUGUUGUUUACUUAGUCAAAUGCGCUGAUAUCGAUAAAAUGGAAAAGGAAGGAAUUGUUCCGGAUGUUAUUGAUAAAGUGCCAGAUCAAGUUAUACAGGUUAGUUAUCCCAGUGGAGUAAAAGUAGAACUUGGAAAUGAAUUGACACCAACUCAAGUAAAGGAUGAACCUUCCACACUGACAUGGACUGCUGAUCCCGAAACGUUUUACACGGUGGCAAUGGUUGACCCGGAUGCACCAAGCAGACAAGAUCCAAAACUUCGUGAGGUACUCCACUGGCUUGUGGGCAACGUGCCUGGUGGUAAUAUAAAAGAUGGUGAAUACAUAGCAGAUUACAGAGGAUCAGGUCCACCACAAGGCACGGGUUUACACAGAUACGUGUUCCUGGUUUACCAACAAAAUGGAAAAAUUAAUUUUAAGGAAACGAAAAUUGAUAGUAGGACCAGGACGGGCCGCUUAAACUUUUCUAUUAAGAAAUAUUUGCUGCAGAGUACAGUCUGGGACAACCCAUUGCCGGCAACUUUUAUCAAGCACAGUUCGAUGAAUACGUAUCCAUAUUGAGCAGUCAAACCGUCAAAUAAACAACUAAUUUAUAAAAAUAAUUAUUUACGUUCAUUUAUAUUAAACUUGCAUGUUUUAAUAAAUUAUUUUUUUUAAUA